AUGGAUCUGCUGCGAGCCUCUCUAGACUUCCUGCCCCGCACCGCGCUGGUGGCGGGAGGCCGCAGCUAUCGGUAUGCCGACUUGCUGUCCAUGGCGCUGGCAGCCAGCCGCCAGCUGAGCGGCGGCGGGGCUAGCGCGGCGCCUGGUGCCUCGCGAGCCCCUACCACAGCCACUGACGGGCCCCGAGUCGCGCUGAUGUGCGAUCCUGGGGCCGGCUACGUGGCGGGCACCUGGGCCGCCUGGCUGCACCGCGGCAUCGCUGUGCCGCAGCUGCAGUACGUGCUGGAGGAUGCUGAGGUGGCGGCUGUGCUGGCCAGCAAGCGCCAUGCCGACCGCCUCCAUGCGUUGGCCAAGGCAUGGACCAGUCCUCUGCAGCUGCUGCUGCUACUGGUUCCUGCUCCGCUUGGCGCAGAGGUGCAUGUGAUUGAGGAGCAGCAGCAGCUAGCGGCAGGCGCGCCAGCAGCGGUGCAGCAGCAGCUUCAAGCUGAGGUGCAGGAGCGGCUGGUAGGGCAGGAGCCGGGAGAUGGGGCGCUCAUAGUCUACACCUCUGGCACGACAGGGAGACCAAAGGGCGCCCUGCACACGCAUGCCAGCCUGGCGGCGAUGGUGCGCACGCUGUGCACGGCGUGGGAGUGGCAACCCCAGGACAGAAUCCUGCACGCCCUUCCCCUGCACCACGUGCACGGCGUGGUGAAUGCCCUCUACUGCCCGCUGAGCGUGGGAGCGUGCGUGGAGAUGCUGCCCAAGUUCUCACCGCAGGAGGUGUGGCAGCGCCUGCAGAGGAAAGAGGAUCCCAUCACCGUGUUCAUGGGCGUCCCCACCAUGUUCUCACACCUUCUGUCGCGGUAUGAUGACAUGGACAAAACCCAGCAAACAGCCACAGCAGCUGCGGCGAGCGGGCUGCGGCUGACGGUGAGCGGCAGCGCGGCAUGCCCGGCGCCCAUCAUGCAGCGCUGGGAGCAGCUGUCGGGCCGGAGGCUGCUGGAGCGGUACGGCAUGACAGAGACGGGGAUGAUUCUGGGCAACCCGUACAGGGGCGAGCGGCGGUCGGAGACCGUAGGGCAGCCCUUUCCUGGGGUGGACGUGCGAAUCACGCAUGCCGAUGGCAGCGACGCUGGCGCAGGCAAGCGCUUGGGGAGUGGCCCUGGGGAGUUCCAGGUGAGGAGCCCGCAGCUGUUUCGGGAGUAUUGGCGUCGGCCAGACGCUACUGCCGAGGCAUUUGACAGGCAUGGCUUCUUCCUGACAGGCGAUACUGCGGUGCUGGAGGAUGGUUACUACAGGCUGCUGGGGCGAAGCUCUGUGGAUAUCAUCAAGCAUGGCGGCUACAAGAUAUCGGCCCUGGCCAUAGAGAGCGUGCUGCUGGAGCACCCAGCCAUUGCCGAGGUGGCGGUGGUGGGGCUGUCAGAUGAGACGUAUGGCGAGCGCAUAGCAGCUGUAGUCGCCUUGAAGCAGCAGCAGUCACCGGGCUCACCCAGCGGCGUCGGCGGCAGUGGCAGCGGCGGCAGGCUCACGCUUCCCGAACUGCGGUCUUGGGCGGCGGACCAGCUGCCUGCUUAUCAGCUGCCGGCCGAGCUGGUGGUGCUUCCCGCCAUUCCCAGGAAUGUGAUGGGCAAGGCCAACAAGAAGGAGCUUCGGGAGCAGCUGUUCCCAGCUGCGAGCGCCGCCGCUGCUUGA